GGCUUUUUAAUUUGACAAGUGACAGAAAAUGUAAAGCAUCGACAUGGCGGGUAUUCGGGAGAUAGACAAAGCAUUAUUUCCAAUAAAGAAUAUAUCGUCAGUAAUCCAACUGUUCAAGAAUCAAUUAGAAGACGCUUGUGAGCCGGAUUUGGCUUUACUUUCAGUAGUCGCGGGAGCUGUCGAGAAUUCGUUGACAUGCCGGUCGAACACGAGCUUGCAGGUAUGCGAACCAGUAGAGCCGACAAGUCUCCCAAUAUUGGAGUUUCACACCAUUGAGACCCUCUACAACAAGUUCCACACGAUCCUGAAAAGUGCCGUUGAAUGCAACAAGGGCUUCAAGUCGUAUGCGACGAGAGAACUCGUCAAGAAAGUCUCCGACGUCGUCUGGAACUCCCUCACACGCAGCUAUUACAAAGACAGGGCCCACUUACAGAGUCUCUACAGUUACUUGACAGGUAGUAAGUUGGAUUGUUUCGGGGUUGCUUUCGCUGUCGUGGCUGGCUGCCAAACUUUGGGCUACUCCGACGUCCAUUUGGCCCUGUCUGAAGACCACGCGUGGGUUGUUUUCGGCGAAAGGGGCACUGAAACGGCCGAAGUCACGUGGCAUGGCAAAGGCAACGAGGACAAACGGGGCCAGGAAAUCGGAAAAGGCGUCUCGGCGAGGUCUUGGUUAUACGUAAAUAAUAAACCAGUGGUUUGUACUAGACAUAUGGAAGUUGCUGCGUUAGUCUCAGCGAUUAAUCCCUCUCUAAAUGCCACACAUGACGCUUUCGAGGUUGCUUUGUUGCAACAAGAAUUAUUAUGGCUUUUGUAUGAUUUGGGACACCUGAAGAAAUAUCCAAUGGCCAUUGGGAAUCUGGGGGAUUUGGAAGAAAUUGCCCCGAAGGAAGGAAGGACACCCUGUAGUGUAUUAUUUGAAGAGGCCAUAUCGUCUGCACGUACCUAUUAUAAUAAUCAACAUGUAUAUCCUUAUACUUAUCAGGGAGGUUACUUUUAUCGUAACAAAAUGUACAAAGAAGCUUUUGAAAGUUGGGCAAAUGCCAGUGAUGUUAUUAGGUUGUAUAAUUACUCGCGGGACGACGAAGAAAUUUACAAGGAAUUCUUAGAGAUAGCGAACGAACUAAUACCUCACAUAAUGAAAGUGGAAAGCUCAGGUUUCAGUGCAAACACAAUUCUAAAAAAGCCCGAAUGCUUCGCAAACCUGUUGCGUUUUUACGACGGAAUUUGCCAAUGGGAAGAAGGGAGUGCCACUCCCGUCCUUCAUAUAGGAUGGGCCAAACCACUAGUAAAUACAAUAUCAAAAUUCGACGCCGAAGUCCGAGCCCAAGUCGAUAUUGUCUGCGGAAGGCCCGAAGAUGACACUAAUAAAAGGGCCAACGGUGGGUACUUCAACAACAACAAUUACGAAAAAGAGAACGGAACCAACGAAACAGACAUCUUGACUUCGCUCAACUCGAAAGCACUCAAAGAUGAUCAAUCAACGUCGAAUUUUCAUCCAAGUAUUGAGGCGUUGACUGCCGCUUGUUCGGAGAAAAUCCUCAAUCCGGAGUAUUUGCUUCAAGGAGAUGGUUCGCCUUUCGUUGGUGGCGACGAUGCAGUGCCAUUGGAGAAGGAAAACGGUAAACCGAGCACUUCCAAACAAGAGACGGAAGAGAAGAAAGAAGAAAAGUUACCGGUGCCUCCGCCGAUCGUUGAAGAAAAGGAAGAACCCGUAGAGAAUAAACGGCCGACAAUCAUUCUUCACAGUCAGAAAAUGAAAGAAUUGAAAGAUCUUUUGCUAGCUGAAAAAUUGAAUACUCAUGCGAUAUCGCUUCAUUUGACGGCGCAAUCUCAAGUACAAGUCGGUAAGAAAGGUCGCAACGAUUCGGAUGGAGGUAUUAGACCCAAAAGGGCCAGACGAGAAUAAGAGAUACGUUUAUUUUGUAUAUUUUCGGCGAGGAUUUAUACAGUACUUAAUUAGUAAUGCAGGGCAUUAUAUAUUUAAAUGCAAUAUCAUGAGUGGCUUUUGAAGAGGUUUCCUGAAAAACAAGCAAAUAAUUUCUUUCGCGCUAUAUAUAAUUUUAUUAAAGUAGUACGCAUGGUCUCUAUUCUAAAUCUGAUAACCUCUUCACUUACGAAAGCGAAAUUUGUUUUGUGAGCUUGCCAUUUGAUCUGUAGAUGCACAUUAUGAUAAAAAAAAGAUCAGUAUUAUGUUGAACAGAACUGAUAAUUCUCAUAAUUUAUUAGAGUCUUUUGACUUUCUUCUCUUAAAAUAGAAUUAAGAUAUUGCAGUUAAUUUAAAAGUAAUUAAGUGAACGCCUCAUUUACUUAUGUGAUUGCACCACCCUUCCGCUUGACGCUUGUUCUUGUUCUGAAUAUUUUAAUUGCACGUUAGUUAAUCUUCUAGUUAGCUGUUAGGUUAUUGUUAAACAUUCCUCUCGUGAUUAGAUCACAAAUUGCCUAGUAUUUUUUCGGUUGUUAAUGCAUUUUAUGCAUCUAAAUGUUUUAUUGUGGUAUUUAUUGUGUAUUUUAUUAAGUGUUGUAAGUUAUUUCAUUCUCGAUAAUCAAAUGCCGAGCAAUUUUAAUCCCUAUAAGUACACAUCUUCACGCCUAAACUAAUUUUUAUAAGUAGCAAUAUGACGAUGCAUACAUAAUUCAAGGCUGUUUUAGAGUUUUUUGAGGUAAGAUUUAUUUGCUGCUACCUCCCCGUAUUUUUUAGUGCAGAUCUGUGCAAUCGAGUCUACAUUAAUCAUGUGUGCCGAUUUUAACACGAUAUCAUUUGCCAAAUGGUCAAUUUGUGUUUGCAAUAGCAUAAAAAUAGAUCAUCAAUAUAAAAUAUAGGAAGAAAUCAACUUUUAGAAUCAUCCUUCUUGUCUAGGAAUAAGAUAAAUUUAGUGAGUAGCUUGAAAAGCUGAUUUUAUUUUUAUAUUCGGUAUUAAUAGUGAAACUGAGAAAUGGUACAAUAAUUAUGAGAUUCAAUGAAAAAUUUUACAAUCGCGAAACAGAACGGUUUAAGGGCGCUAGUAUACUGAUUCUAUUUUUUGAAAUUGUUUAAAAAGUUGCCAAAAAUGUCUUAGUUUAAAACAAUGCUUUGUUUAACUUAGUUCUGUUUCAGUUUUUAAGUGUUUAUUUUUAUAAUUCAGGUGUAGAUUUAAGUGGUUUUAUUUUAUACUUUUUUUCUAUUACAAUUUAUACAUGUACCACAGCAAAAUUAAAUUAUUGUAGUCUGUGAUGAAUUAAAGGGUGACUAAUGUAUUUAUUGAUUAAUGUAUUUUGUAGAAAUAGAGGUAUUAUUGAUACAUGUAUUUUUCUAACCAAAAGUAAAUUUAUCAGAUUCUUCCAUUUUGUUUGUUAAUGUUGAAUUAUAAGAAGUCUAACUUUGAAGUUUGGAAAUGAUGGUAUAAGUAUUGUUAUAUUUUGUAGGCUUUUCUCAAUACAAAUAAACAAUGUACAACAUCACAUCUUAGAGUAACUCUGAUUAUUUACAAUGUAUACAAUUUAGAAGUUAAAUACUUGUAUUUUCGCCCACAAUUAUUAAUAAAUGAAAUGCAUACUUAAAUUUGUCUUUU